UCUCACAUUCCCUGCCUUGCACUCGUUUGUCCCUCGCCGCGUCCCGUUCGCGCCUGUUCUUUUCCGCGGGGCGGAGAGACUGGUGGGGAGAGCCGGGAGCUGCGGCCGCCGAGGCUGGGUGACCGGUUGUGCGGCUGUCCAGGUGGCGGCGCGGGGUGGGGCAGUCGGAACCAAGAGGAAGGAGGUGCUGGUGCAUGAUGGCGGCGACGACCUACGAGCGGCUGAAGCUACACAUCACACCUGAGAAGUUUUAUGUGGAAGCUUGCGAUGACGGAGCGGAUGACGUGCUCACCAUCGACCGCGUCUCCGCAGAGGUCGUGCUUGCAGUCAAGAAAGAUGUUCCACCCUCAGCUGUCACAAGACCAAUAUUUGGUAUACUGGGCACAAUCCAUCUGGUGGCAGGCAAUUACCUUAUCGUCAUUACCAAAACGAUGAAAGUGGGCGAGUUUUUCAAUCAUGUUAUCUGGAAAGCAACAGAUUUUGAUAUUCUUUCUUAUAAGAAGACAAUGUUGCACUUAACUGAUAUUCAGUUGCAAGAUAAUAAGACAUUCCUGGCGAUGCUCAGCAGCGUCCUGAGCGUGGACGGCUUUUACUUCUCCACAACCUACGACCUGACGCAUACCUUGCAGCGGCUGGCCAACACCAGUCCCGAGUUCCAGGAAAUGAGUCUCCUGGAGAGGGCAGAUCAGCGGUUUGUCUGGAACGGUCAUCUUCUGAGAGAGCUGUCUGCACAGCCGGAGGUCCAUCGAUUUGCUCUCCCGGUGCUGCAUGGCUUUAUUAACAUGCACUCGUGUUCUAUCAAUGGAAAAUACUUCGAUUGGAUUCUCAUCUCCAGGAGGAGCUGUUUCCGAGCUGGGGUGCGCUAUUAUGUCAGAGGAAUUGAUUCUGAAGGCCAUGCAGCCAACUUCGUAGAAACGGAGCAAAUUGUGCACUACGGAGGGAGCAGGGCCUCGUUCGUGCAGACUCGAGGAUCAAUCCCUGUUUUCUGGUCCCAAAGACCAAACCUCAAGUACAAGCCACUGCCACAGAUCAGCAAAGCAGCAAAUCACAUGGACGGCUUCCAGAGGCACUUUGAUUCACAAGUAAUUAUUUAUGGAAAACAAGUCAUAAUCAAUCUGGUGAACCAGAAGGGCUCUGAGAAGCCACUUGAACAGGCAUUCGCAACCAUGGUGUCUUCCUUGGGCAACGGGAUGAUCAGGUACAUCGCCUUCGACUUCCAUAAGGAGUGCAGACAUAUGAGAUGGGAUCGGCUGAGCAUUUUAAUGGAGCAGGUAGCUGAAAUGCAAGAUGAAUUAGGUUAUUUUCUAGUAGACUCUGCCGGCAAGGUGAUGACCAACCAGGAAGGCGUGUUCCGCAGCAACUGCAUGGAUUGUCUUGACAGAACCAACGUGGUCCAGAGCUUGUUAGCACGACGCUCACUUCAGGCCCAGCUUCAGAGACUAGGAGUUUUGCAUGUAGGACAGAAGCUUGAAGAACAAGAUGAAUUUGAGAAGAUUUACAAGAAUGCCUGGGCUGACAAUGCAAAUGCUUGUGCCAAACAGUAUGCGGGAACUGGUGCCUUGAAGACUGACUUUACCAGAACUGGAAAGAGAACCCAGUUGGGCCUUAUCAUGGAUGGCUGGAACUCGCUGAUACGCUACUACAAGAACAACUUCUCUGAUGGAUUUAGACAAGAUUCCAUUGACUUAUUUCUUGGGAACUAUUCAGUGGAUGAAUUGGAAUCGCAUAGUCCUUUAAGUGUUCCAAGGGACUGGAAAUUCCUGGCUCUGCCCAUCAUCAUGGUGGUCGCCUUCUCUAUGUGCAUCAUCUGCUUGCUCAUGGCCGGUGACACUUGGACAGAAACGCUGGCCUAUGUGCUCUUCUGGGGAGUGGCAAGCAUUGGAACAUUUUUUAUUAUUCUUUUCAAUGGCAAAGAUUUUGUUGAUGCUCCUAGAUUGGUCCAAAAAGAAAAGAUAGACUGAAUUUGUGUUUGUGGAAAGCGGCUCAGGUUGGAAGAGGCCGUGCUGCAGAACUGGAGUCUUUACUGACCCGCUUUCCACGUGAGCACAGGUACUGUGAAAGCCUUUCUCCAAAAACACUUGUCCCGCGGAGUGCGGGCGGUGGCACCACGGUGAUCUCAUGUCCUGGCCUUGAUCUCUUCGCUCUUGGAUUGUUGCAGCUACAAUUUGAACUAUACAAUAAUUGAAAUAGAGUCUGAAUUCAACCCACAGAAUGGAAGGAAUCUCCUCAUUGUCUAGUUAAUCAACUGUGGCAGAUAAGUAAUAUAUUUUAAAAACUUAGCUUCUUUCAUUAUUUAAAACAGUAAAAUUAUUUUUCUAGCUCAGUUUCAUUGUUGCCAGAGAAGCAGUGGCUGUGAGCAGGCCUACCAUCCCACACCCUUUGGACGUCCCUACAAGUUUGGCACGGAGCUGACUCCCAUGAUCCUAAGUGUGGGUCUCCUGCCGUCGUCAGCUUGGCGAGCUGGCCUGUGACGCCCUGGGUGGGAGGGAGAGUGGCCCAGGGCUCUCUGUCAGCUCCUGCACUGCCCCUGGGCUUCAGCGAGCUCGCGUGGGACCGAAGAGUUCACAUGUACUUCAGCUUUUGUAAAAAGUCUAAAUGAAAUCAAAGAAUGUAAAGUCUGUCUCCUCUGCUAAAGGUCCAGGCGGCUCGAAGGAUCGCCCCUGUGCGAAUGCCUGUCCCGCCUGCGGCCUCCUCUGUCCCUGCAUGGGCGUCCCUCGCCAGGACACCCAGCCCCCGAGCAGCUCAUGCUGCCUUUGCACGCGCGGCACUGUUGCCUUCCCCUGCCGGGCCUUGCUCAGUACGUGUGGGACUCAGUGCUUCCUGGGCGUGACAGUCUCCAUAUCAAGGACCAACUUCAUGUGCACACCCCCCAAAUGAUGCUUCAGAAGCUGUGCGUAGUUGUAAGUCAGAUUGUAUAUUUAAACUGUAAUUGUGAAGUUUAGAUAUUAGAGCAGUAUGUAAAGUAGUAUAAUUACCACUAUUUUAAAACAACUUGAACACUGCUAUACUAUUUCAGUGUUGGGCUUGAAAUAUGUACAAUUUUUUUCCAAUAGUAAUACCUUAUGUUGUCCUUAAAUAUUUCUAAAAGCGCCUUUAUUUUAACAUUACAUUUUUUUCAGCAUUAUCUUUUGUAAACAUUAAUGAGAGCUGUUGCUUUUAGAAAUGCUGAAGGAAAUAACAUCUGGGAAACCCUGCAUAGCUUUAAAUCAGUCAUUAAACUCAGAAUAGGGUGGGUGAGGAGGCCGCCUAUUCUUACUGUGUAAAUAGCCACCAUUCGUUCCAAAGAUGGAAUGUCCACACGUAGCUCCUGUCUGCUGUAGGCUGAUACCCAAGUGCUACCAGACUUCCCAGCGAGAACUUCACGUCAGCACUCACGGCAGACCAGCUCUGCACUGCUGCCUGCUGGGAAGGGGCGGGCUGAUCUCGGUGUGUGAGGGCAGAGCUGGCAAUAUUUGGGAACUCUCAUGAUUCUAUUUAAUUCAUGUACUGUACCUCCCUAAGUGAAAAUAAAAUGUCAUAUUCUUUUUGAACUGUGGUAUUUUUAUGCUGUACUUUUUCUUGAAAGAUGUUGUGUUUUUUUUUUUCUUAAAGCAGUGUGUGGUGGUUGUAGAAAAAGCCAGGUAACAUAAGUAAACAAACUCACAGGUUCUGGAUACUCUUUCCCAGUUAUGGUCACUUAAAUUCUGUGUAUUUUUUAGUCACUUUUGAGUGACAGAGAAAAGAAUAGGAUAUGAAGCAGCUGUGAGGCAGCAGUGGUGGUUGCCUAGCACUGCGGGAUGGGUGACCCCAGCACUUGGUGGCUGGCAGCAGCCCGCGUGGUGGUCAUUAUCCCACGAUUCUUGUGCCCCAGGGUUUGGGCCUGCUUCAGCGCGGUCCCCCGCUUGGGUGUCUCCAGAAAGUUGCGAUCAAGGUUCAUCUGGAGAGAGUCCGCCUCUGUCACUCUGAUGAUUGGCAGACUUUGGCUCCUCCCCAGGACCAAGGAGCAUGGGUUUCCUGCAGCUGUGGCGCAGAGGCCUUCCCACCGCAUCAGGGCGCGACUCCUGGCUGCCUUCUGAGAGAGCUCGCCCUAGCUUCACCACCCAGCCAUCUUUCUAGCAUUUCCUCCAAUUUAGUCCAUAGACUGUACCCAUAAUAAGCGAUUGUCCAGUCUGAUGACUUGUUCUGAAGGCUGUGAAGCAGGGAUUGUGUGUGUCCUACGGCCCACUCUCAGCCCCAGUGCUGUCUCUGAGACAACAGCCUUCCUCCGUGGAAGGCUGGGUCAGCAGCCUGCUAACCAGCAUUUGUACAGAAUGAAUGUGGUAAUUCUGGGUUGUCAGCUGCGCGUCAGAUUUAUUGAUGGCCCUGUCAGCUCGAUUUUUGUCUAGUGUGACGGUGAGCCUUGUGGUUUCACUCAGCGCUUGCUGCCAUGCUGGUCUCGCGGAGGACAUCGUGCUUGUCUCUGGGCUCGUGAAGUGCUUCUCCAUUGUGCGCUAAGCCUAAAACCUACCAGGUAGCAGUCCCCCAGUUGGAUGCGUCCUGUGUCCUGCCAGUUCUGCGAUCUCACCAGUGCCCUGAAUUGGUGACUUCUGACUUCUGUAAUCCAGCAGCGUGCAUUCUGGAGCUUCUCUGACCACACGCCAGGUGAAGCGUCUUCUCAUCGUUUCUGGCUGUUGCCUGCCUGCCCAUUAGGACCCGUGUCCUCCCUGGCUUGCUGAAAUUCUUUAUGUUCUGGAGACUCAGUCUUCGUUGGUUAUUUGUAGCACAGCUAGCGCCUCCCUGCUGGUAGUGUCUCCUUUCUUGUGGGUGAAUCACGCAGACCCGCUCUGGGUGCUUUACUCACACGUGUGUGCUACCCCUCAUGACCGUGCGGUGUCCUCCCAAGGGCCACCUAUGCACAUGGCUUGGCUUUCCCCUUUAGGUCUUUGUUUCAUCCAAAAGUGCUAAAAGAAAAAACC